UGAACUCUGGCCGAGUGUGGGAGCAUCUAUGGAUUACAUUAUUUGACUUGAAUGUGGUGCAGGGGUUGACAGCAGAAGUGCGUGAAGUGACGUAAAUAAAAACAAUGUGAAGCAAAUAAAUACGUAAGUGACAGUUGUGUUGCAAAAGCCUAUGUGCUUUUCUGCCAAGGACAAGUGUGACCGGUUGAGCCAUCAUUCUAAACGUGAUAAUGAUAAAAGUGAUUACACAGAUGUUUGAGGCAUAGGACGGAUACCUUUGCCUUCUUCGAAAACAUUAGAUAUAACGAUGCAAAAUUCCAGUUUUGCUUCGUUUGCUUGUCAUCUAUGCAAUGCUGCACUCCGAAAUUUCCACUCGUCAAGAUAUUUACAGAAAACCCAUUACGAAGUUCUGAAAAUUGCACGAAAUAGCUCAAAUAAGGACAUCAAGGAGGCAUUCAUUAAAUUAUCGAAGAAAUUUCAUCCAGACAUCAACAAAAAUAACCCAGACACUCACAAUGAGUUUGUAAAACUGAAUGAAGCGUACAGCAUCUUGAGUCGUCCAGACAAGAGGCGGGAGUAUGACCUCAGCUUGCAGGUUGCUCACCCGUCACCACACCCCACUGGUGGCCCCAAUGUAUACGAGAAUGACCUCCAGCAGGACCCAUGGAAGGACCCAUCAUUCUUCAGGAACCGUGAUCGCAGCCGGGACGAUGAGAACCGCAGCAAGCCAUACUACGGCAUCGGCAAGCUGGGCCGGCUGCCCAACUCGUGGCUGGUUGCCUUCCUGUUUGCUGUAACUGCUGUCGGUGUUGCUCUGCAAGCUGUAGCUAUCAGGCACUCGAUGACACUGCGCCGAAGCGCUCUGGAUGAGGCGAGCGCACGCCACAGCGUGCUUCACACAAAGAUGCAGGAGCAGGCGCACGACGCCGGCAACCACAACAACCUGCGCAUGAUGCACUCGCGUCUCGGUGGCACCAGUGCGGGUUUCGCACUCCUCAUGAAAGAUGGCAAUCGAGAGCCGUCAGAAAAGCAACCGGUGGAAAAGCCGCCAUCACCCAUCAAAGUUGUGGAUGAUCUUCCAGCAGUGGAUGCAAAAGCUGCUUCAAUCGGCUGAAGAUCCGGAUGUGGUCUAAUGCCUGAUGUCACAGUGCCCUGCUGAUGAUUCAUUUUAUUUAUGCUUGAAGCAUAGAAAUUUUAAAUGAAGAUUUAUUUUUCUUUAUGUAAAGACGUUGAAAUAUUGGUUGUUAGUUCUUUUGCUGUUAUAUGUCACUGCAAGACACACGAAACUGAAACCUAGUACAAUGAACUGUGAUAAUUUUGUAAGUGAAAAGCAAUAGGUAACAUUUUGAGUUUGCUCAAAAUAUUGUUAUCUUACUGUGAUGUAAACAAGAAAUUACUUAGUGCAGCUACAUGUAACAAUAAGGAUACUUUAACACAAAAGAAAUUAUGAUUAUUACAAUUGUACAGUGGGACUCUCUCUGUUACUAAUGCUCAGACAUCUUGUCUCUUUACUACUACUAAGUAGUGAAGAUGGCUGUGUUACUGUAUAUAUUCAUCCCAUUUUCCUUCUCUUUGAUCUCUGUAUGGCUGUCUAGGUUUUAAGAUUUCCAUAGUUUCCUUAAACAACAUGACAAUCACCAGGAUGGCGUCUUUGGAAAGUACCGGCUAGCGCCCUUCCUCAAUCCAAGCAUGUGUUACAUCUACAUACAUGCUCCGUAAGCCACCAUGUGGUGUGUGUGAUGGAGGGUAUCCUGUAUGACCACUAGUCAUUUCCUUUCCCGUUUCACUUGCAAAUGUAGUGAGGGAAAAACUCUCUGUAAGUCUCCAUCAUUCUACAGUCGGCCUCAAACAGCGUUUCUCUAAAUUUGUCUUCCCUCCAGUGAUUCCCAUCUCAGUUCCCAAAUCUCCGUAAUACUUGCAUGUUGUUCGAACCUACUGGUAACAAAUCUAGCUCUUGACCUUUUUGCCCAUGGAACAUCAUUCUUUUCUCUUUUGCUGCCAUUGUUGAGCUAUCCAGAUUUACAUUAUCUGUGAUUUCCCUAAAUUGUGUUAGGUAAAUGCCUUGAGUGGUACCUUCCGAAAAGACAUUGCAAAUGUCCUUUGUUAUUCCUUUCUAAUCCAAUCUUCUGCUCUGUCUAUUAAUAAUCCUGUUGUUAGUGGGAAAUUAAGAUCUAAUCUCACUUCCCUUUUAUGAUUACUGUGAAAGCAUUUUUUGUAGUAGAGCAUGAUGUUUCACAUUGUUGCAGAUAUUUGUAAGCCAUCUUGUUGGUAUGAUGUCAGAAAUGCAGAAGACUACGUAUCAUCAUGUUUUAAUUACAGUACUACGUAAUUUUUAGGUGAAAAGAAAGAAGGAAUAUCCAUGGAGUAUUAGUCUUCAAAAUUGUACACUUAUUGUCGGUACAUAAGUAGUUCUUAGUUAGAUCGAUUCCAAGUUUUAUUUGAGAAAGCUAUUACACUACAAGGAGUACUAACCUCCAUGAGGUAAAAUUAAAAGUUUCACCAACCCAAAGGUUGGUUUGACCAUCAAGAAGCUUUAGUAGGUGUGAUCCUACUGGAGAUUGAGAAGCUGUUGCCUGGUUUGUGCGAGUAUCCAACCAUUGGCUAAACAGUGCUUGCUAUUUAAAGUGGACUCUGACCUGUAAUGGCACUCAGCAUUUUUUUCACCAGGAGUGAAAGGAAUGAUAAGUUUUGUAGGACUGACCAUGGACCUGAUGCCUUCAGAUUGCGAUGCCCGACCCAGUUCUCUCCUUAUACGGAUCAGUUUUUGUCUAUAAAUGACUGUGGGUGGUGAUUGGACUUGUAAUUAUAGUGGGCAGACACUCAAAUGCAGUAAGACCUCAGUGUUUAUUUCACUAAAUGCUCUAAGCAUUAAUUUUGAGAGGCUACUGUGAUGGCGUUAUUUGUAAUUUUUGUAAGAAACGUCUUCACACAGGAUUGACCACUACCGAAAAUGAGUUUUUACACUGAGGUUACCAUGUAAUUUUUAAUGUGAAGAACUUCUUGAUCUGAUAGUACUUCAAUGCAAUGCAACAAGAACAAUUUACUGCACUUUUGUUGAAACAUAAAUUUAGUUUGUCACACAUCAUCAAUCAGUAAAAUCAUAUGUUCUGAACACCACAGUAGUAAUCUUUCUUUUAGUAAUGAAAAUGUGCACAAUACCUUUUGUCGUCUUCUUCUACAUCUGCUAUUAUUAUGCUUGUCAUUUUAAAAAAAAUAGCUGGUACUUUGUACACAGUCUGGUGCUUUGUUUACUA